AUGCUACGUUUUGGAUGUCCCCAGCUCGUCAUCGACCGUCUCGACCCUCUGGUCAACCCAGGCUCCGUACCCUCUCCCCACGUACACCAGAUCGUGGGAGGCAAUGGCUUCAACGCUUCCAUGACGACGAGCGAUGUCUCGACCACGGCUACUUGCACUACCUGCUCGUUCGCAGACGACUUCUCCAACUACUGGACAGCAAACCUGUACUUCAAGGCCCGUAACGGGACCUACAAGCGCGUUCCCCAGCGUGGUGCUGCGCUGCAAUUCAGCGACACAUACAGCAACAAGAUGGCCGAUGGUAUCCUCGUAUACUACGUCUCCGCCCAGCCCGGCAGCAUCACGGCCUUCAAGCCUGGGUUCCGCAUGCUUGUCGGCGACCCUCUCCAGCGCUCCAGACCCGACACAACCCUGAAGAAGCAAAACUGCUACCGGUGCUACACGGGCCCCAACUAUGGAGGCGAUGUCUCUGCUCCUUGUCAGGAUGCCACUCUCGACACCGAGAAGUUGCCAGCAAAGCAAUGCAAGGGCGGAAUUCGGUCCAAUAUUCACUUCCCCACCUGCUGGGACGGCAAGAACCUCGACAGCCCGGACCACAAGUCGCACGUAGCCUACCCAGUCAGCGGACCAGCGACAUUCCUGUCCCUGGGCGGCGCGUGCCCGUCGACGCACCCCGUCCGGAUCCCGCAGCUCAUGUACGAGGUGGUGUGGGACACGACGCCGUUCAACAACGCCAACGACUGGCCGACGGACGGCUCGCAACCCUUCUACCUCAGCACGGGCGACAACACGGGGCUGGGCCAGCACGCUGACUACGUCUUUGGCUGGAAGGGCGACGCCCUGCAGAAGGCCAUGGACACCUCCAACUGCAUGGGCGCCAAGUGUGCCAACCUCAAGACGCAGCAGAUCAACGAUGGCUCCAAGUGUGCCGUCCAGAAGGUCGUGAAUGAGGAUCAUGACGGCUGGAUCAAGGAGCUGCCAGGCAUGUCCAUGCCGAUGGAGAGCUAG